UUCUCGCGGACAGCCUGGUGGUGGUGGUGGGGAGGCACGAGGAAGACCGGAGCUGACACGCGCGGCGAAAGGAGCCUAUGGUCUCCAUGGUCCUCCCGUCCUGCACCCUCUCGCGCGCCCGCCCUAUGCCCGAGAGCUGCGCCCCAGUGCCUGGGCAAGGAAAGCCAUGGGGAACCCGGAGGCUUCGUGCGCCCCGCCACCGCUCGCGGGCUCCCAGGCUGGGCUGCCGUACUCCAACCUCACCUCCGCGCCUCCCAACAACUGCAGCGCGCCGAGCCACAUUUACCAGGACUCCAUCGCCCUGCCCUGGAAAGUGCUGCUGGCGGUGGUGCUGGCUCUCAUUACCUUGGCCACCACACUCUCCAACGCCUUUGUGAUCGCUACCGUGUACCGCACCCGAAAGCUGCACACCCCGGCCAACUACCUGAUCGCGUCCCUGGCGGUCACAGACCUGCUCGUGUCCAUCCUGGUGAUGCCCAUCAGCACCAUGUACACGGUCACUGGCCGCUGGACCCUGGGCCAGGCACUUUGCGACUUCUGGCUGUCGUCGGACAUCACCUGUUGCACGGCGUCCAUCAUGCACCUGUGCGUCAUAGCGCUGGACCGCUACUGGGCCAUCACGGACGCCGUGGGCUACUCGGCCAAGAGGACGCCCAGGAGGGCGGCAGGCAUGAUCGCACUGGUGUGGGGCUUCUCCAUCUGCAUCUCGCUGCCGCCCUUCUUCUGGCGCCAGGCUAAGGCCGAGGAGGAGGUGCUGGACUGCUUGGUGAACACCGACCAUGUCCUCUACACUGUCUACUCCACGGUGGGCGCCUUCUACCUGCCCACCCUGCUCCUUAUCGCCCUCUAUGGCCGCAUCUACGUGGAGGCGCGCUCCCGAAUUCUGAAGCAGACGCCCAACAGGACCGGGAAGCGCCUGACCCGAGCCCAGCUGAUAACUGACUCUCCUGGGUCCACGUCUUCAGUCACCUCCAUCAACUCUCGGGCUCCAGAGGUGCCCAGCGAGUCCGGCUCACCUGUGUACGUGAACCAGGUCAAAGUGCGAGUGUCUGACGCCCUACUGGAAAAGAAGAAGCUCAUGGCCGCCAGGGAGCGCAAAGCCACCAAGACCCUGGGAGUCAUCUUGGGGGCGUUCAUUGUAUGUUGGCUGCCCUUCUUCAUCAUCUCGCUGGUGAUGCCCAUCUGCCAGGACGCCUGCUGGUUCCACGUGGCCAUCUUUGACUUCUUCAACUGGCUGGGCUACCUGAACUCCCUCAUCAACCCCAUCAUCUACACCAUGUCCAACGAGGACUUCAAGCAGGCCUUCCAUAAACUGAUACGCUUUAAGUGCACAACCUGACUGGUCCAUUGCAGUGAGGUCGCCCAAGCGACCUCUGGGGACCAAGUUGGGUCUUUCCACAGGUAGGUGGAAUCUUCUUUGCUGUUACUAGGUCGGAGCGAUGCACUCUCUGCUGGGCAAGGGCAGUGGGUCCUGAGAAGCCAGGACAGCCCUGCGAGGGAGCUCUGGAAGCAGAACUGUUCAAACUAAACAUAGAGCUUUCCUGCUGCGGAGCAGGUUCACCUCCUCCCCUCAAGCCCCGACUCAGCACACUUCCCGCGGCAGCCAAUCACAGAGGGGGUUGUGACUUUAAAGUUGGUGAUGGAUAGGGCAUCCCUACAUUGCCUUGGCCUCCUGGAUGAUGGUGCCCUCCAGAGCCAGUGGUCUUUGUAGUUAUAGUGCGAAGCCUCUCUCAUAUGGAUCUGCAUACAGCCUGGCAGUACUUGAACUAGAUGCUUAAUACCCUGUGUUGUGGGGAGAACUUUGUGUUACAGUUUAAUUUAAGAACAGUUACUUUGGCAUCCUUCAGUCUUCAGUUUUUGUUUCUUUAAACUUGGUUGGAGAAACUUGUGGAUUUGGUGCUUCAAACUGUAAAUGUGGUUUGGACGGCACAGAGAAACCUUGAAGAGUUAACAGCAAAAUUCUAAUGCUAAGAUCUCUAUUUUUAUUAUAAUUGAAACUAUAUGGGAGUGGGUGGGUGGGAAUGGGAGAUGGGAGAGUUACAUUGAGAAUCAACACCUGUACUUGUUUGUUUUCUGCAGAUUUCUAAUUUUGUAAUUCCUGUGGAGCAAUUAUCAAACUACAACUCUAACAAUUUAAAACAAAACCUUAUGUGUGCUAGUGCCAAAGUCUGCAGAUUGCUUUUUAUUUUUGCUCCUAAUUUCAUGAAUCUGUCAUUUUUAUACAUUUGAAUCCCCAUAAAUGGAGGGUAUGAUGGGUGACUCAGCCCAAACUGCUGCUAUAUGUCUUAAUGCAAUCAUUUCUGCCGAUGACUACUGGAUAUAUACUGUUCCUUAACAAGAAAAGUAUCUCUGUUCCUUACUCAAGUCAGGGAGAUGUAAAGGAGACAUGAACUAGAAAUGAUUCUUAUACAGCCAAGGAAUGAGGGGCAAUAGGAGGAUGUAUAUUUUGACUUGUAAAAAAAUCUUAAAAUGCAUGAGACAUUUUUCUUAUCGUCAUUUGCAUUCUCCUUCCCAUCUGUGAUUCCUUUGUGUGCGAAAAUAUGAAAUAACCAAGAGAACUAGUUUCCUUCUCUGGAAAUUUUUAAAAUACAGCAAGAGCCCUAAAAACUAUAUUAGAGAAAGGGGGAAAAGCUUUUUUUUUUUUUUUUUCUUGCUAUUGACAUUUAGGUAGGAACAAAGAUUACUAGAAAAUGACAUGUAAGAAAUUUUAAAAAGCUUAAGAGAGGCUGAACUUGAACCUAUUUUUUAUAACUUACAGAACCAAACCUCAGACUUACUAAAUCAUCAGGAAUCUGGCAAGACUUUUAAUCUUGCAAACCUGUCUCCCUGCCCUAACACCUCAAUGGAUACAAUAACCUGGAAUACUUCCAAUGUUUCUUUUUUUUCAAAUUUAAACAAUACUUAGUCAUUUCAAAUUUACUCUGAGGGCUCCUCAAUGCAGGGUCAAAUUACACACUAAAAAAAUGGAAAAAUAAAAACAUUACCUUAAUAAAAAGAAGUACUCCUGACAGAUCAUCUACACAGAAAAAAAAAAUGUGUAUGUAAAGUAUUUAAUAUGCCAAAGAAGAUACGCACCUCUUUCUUCAGAGGGCUUUUUGUAGUUGAUAGCUUUGUCUGCAGAAGUAAGUUGUCUUGAUGAAAUGGAUUUACACACUGCUUUAAGCUCCCCAGUCCAGAUCCUCAGACAAUAGACAUUCUGAGUGAAGUAUGCUCCUUGCCCACUGUGCAGAUCUUCUCUCUGGGGAAGACUUUUGAAAAUAGACUAUUCAAACGUUCACAGGAAGCUAGGUGAAAAGGGAAUUUUGAUUAAUAUUAUGCCUAUCACUGAACUAAGAUAAAAUCUUAAACAUCCUAUUCUUCUUCUGGAUGUCAUAUUUCCUUGUUUGCUUUUUGUGACAUUUCUCCCAUGGAGGAAUGUGCAUAGAGCAUGGUAUUUGUAUGUUAAUGUCAGUCUUCUGUUUAUGCAGCUGUAUUUUCUUGGGGCCUAAGAGGCAAUUAAGUCAACUUCUCAGAUCCUUAGGGGGAAAAGUUAAUUGAAACAAAGAGCCACUUACAAACAAUUUCUUUGUAGGGCACCUACAAUGAUUGUGUCCUCAUGUCAGCAAAACAUAGUCACUUUAGUCAAAUUGAUUGUUUGCCAUUUUGUAAAUUACCCACCUUAUUUAUUGCUUGACUGUUUGGCUAAAUUGACUGAUUUGGGGCAUAUUGUAUGAAGUAGAAGCUUGCAAACCCUUGUAGUUAUAAGAGAUCUAGAAUCAUCUUCCAACAGUGCACAUGAUUAUGCAAACUGUAUUAUUCAUCCCAGGGGUACACAGUUAAGACUGUUAAUCUCCUUUUCAGUUACUAUUGCCUAUUGCAUAGUUUGUUUCAUAAAACAGACACAUGGCUUUUUUGC